UCUCUAGGAAUUUGGUUUCUUUUUCAGUAUUUAAGCGUCUCCACUACAUGCACCUGCAUCUUCCCUCCCCAUAUAUAGCUUCUUAGAACAACUUCAGGUGUCCUAAAUUCUCUCUCUCUGUCUGUUGUGUUUAAAUAUGGCUGACUUGGAUCACUCUACUUCUACUGAUAUCGUUUUGGACUCUGAAGAGGAUCAUAACAAUCAAGAGUCUAAGCUUCAAUUCUCAGAAGAUGAGGAGACACUUAUUGUGAUCAUGUUUAAUCUUGUUGGCGAGAGAUGGUCUCUAAUUGCUGGGAGAAUCCCUGGAAGAACAGCUGAGGAGAUUGAGAAAUACUGGAAUUCAAGAUACUCCACAAGCGAAUGAAAGUUUCUUAUGCAUGCCUAGGCCUAGCUUAGCUAACUAGUAUAGUAGUAUGGGUGUAAUUGUACGUGUGGUGUUACCGGAUCUGAAUCUUUUGGUAGCUAGGGAGUUUAAGCUCUAAUAUAUGUAAACAUUAUUAACUGAACUUGACCAAUUGCUAGUGAGAAAAGUCUUCCUAUUUCCAUGCCAA